AUCGUAGGAAGACGCUCUUGUGCACAUUGCGGUCAGGUAGACUAGUGCGUUGUUCCAAGCAUCGUCCUUGGUGGAUUUCGCCCUCGCGAGCGCGACGCGAAUUUGCACCGUCCGUCGUCUGUCGAAUCGUUUCGCCAGAGCGCUCGUUGCGUUUUCGCGAAUGGACGCGACGAACGUUUUCGCCACGUUCGCCUACUCGCUCCGCCCGCGAACCAGAGCAGGCGCGGUAGCUUCCGCGCGCGCGGCAUCUGCGGCGGCUUCUGCAGCGGCUUCUGCGGCGGAUUUUGCGGUGGCUGCAGCAGCAAGAAAGUUAGCCACAGAUGGAGUGAGAAGACGCGGAAGGAACGACGGUGCAAUAAAAUUUGAAGCUGAAGGAAAAGAGAUAUGGUUAGCAGAACAAAGCGUGGCAGCGACAGCUGUGGCAGCGGCAGCAGCAGCAGGAGGAGGAGGAGUAGCAGGAGCUGGAACAGCGGUGGAUGUGACGGCCGCGAUGCCUCCAUCGGGGAGAUCCAACGGCGCUGCGGCUGCGGCCGUGGCUGCGGCCGUGGCUGCGGCCGUGGCUGCGGCCGUGGCUGCGGCAGGCACCGAGGGGGAAGGGCGCAACUGGAGGGGGAAGAGACGGCGCAUUGGGGGCGAGGGGAGGGCGGGGAGUGAGAGAAGAAACGGGCGGAGGAACGGGAACGAAGCAGCAGCAGCAGCAGCAGCAGCAGCAGCAGCAGCAGGCGACGAGCAUACCGGGGAGAAGGAAGAGCAAGAACAGGAGCAGGAGGGAGAAUUUGUGGCGGAGAGACGGCUUGCGAAGCUGGAGAGGUGUGGUGGUGUUGGAGAAGCAGCAGAGCAGAACCACCACGCUGAGGGCUCGUCCCCUUGCCGCCCUCCUCCCUCGUCGUCCUCCUCCUCCCCCUCCCCUUCCGCGGCUACUACAUCUCUCCCCAUUCCUCCCUCCACUCCUACCCCACUCGCCUCCUCCCUCUCCUGCUCGCUCCCCCAUCCCCUCCCCUCUCCCCUCCUUUCUUCCCUCCCUUCCGCCUCUCCCCUCGCGGCCGCUCUUCCCGCGACCGACUACCAGCACCUGCCCCCGUCCUUCUGCUGCCGGCCAGCAGCGGAGCUGGCGCCGCUGCUGCUGGGGAAGCUGCUGAGGCGAGACGACGUGGUGCUGCGCAUCACAGAGGUGGAAGCGUACACAGCCGGGGACACGGCAUGCCAUGCCCGCUUCGGAUGCACUCCACGCACAGCCCCUCUGUUCGGCCCCCCCGGGCGGGCCUACGUGUAUCUGUGCUACGGGCUACACCACAUGCUCAACAUCACUGCAGACCGGGACGGCACCGCUGCUGCCUGCCUCGUGCGCGCUUGUGAAGCCGUGGCAGGCAUCCCCACCAUCAGGGAGAGGCGUGCAAACCAGCCCCUGACCCCAGCUCUGUUGGCUGGCCCGGGAAAGGUGGCAGCAGCACUGGCCCUCACCACCCAGUGGUCGCACCAUGCCCUACAUGAACCCGGAGGGUUGGAGCUCUUAGAUGCGCCACCUGUAACGUCCGUAUUGGUCGGGCCUAGAGUGGGCAUCGACUAUGCUGACCCCGGCGACGUGGCACUCAUGUGGCGCUUUGUCAGCAGCGGCACAGCAUGUGUCAGCAGCCCAAAGAGAGGGCUCCAGUCGCUGAUUGGCUGGCAGGGGGGUGGAGAGCUGGGGAGCCGGAGUGCGCGUGAAAGCUUGGAGGACUAGCAGGCAAUUUCCCGUGCAUGAAGGUGGGCAGAAAAGGGAGAGUAUGCGAUGCUUGUAGUCUGCCUGUGAAAAUAAGAGAUCGCUCCAAAAGCGACAUGGGUGUUUGGUCUAGUGGCAUGAUUCUCGCUUAGGGUGCGAGAGGUCCCGAGUUCAAUUCUCGGAACACCCCUUUUGUUGACUGUGUGUAUAAAAAUCUGAACCUGGA